AUGCUUUAUUUUGUAUCUCGUAUCGACUGCGCGCUGACUGGUCGCUACGUCACGUGGCUUCCCGGCGCGCGACUUCAGUGCUGGAUGCUACUAACUGUAUACACGUUACCACAGCUUGCCGUCUCUGCGAAGAUAUUGUGCCUCCUGAUGGUGGUGAUCUGCGGUGCGGUGCCAUCGAUGGUCCGGUCGGUACGUCUCUACAGCCAGUGCUCGCAUAUGUACGUCAACGUGUUCCGCAACGGCACCGUCAUGGCCCGCUCCGAUGGAAACGACCAUCCGAAUCUCACCAUCAGCACGCGCGGCGUCAAUCUAGAACUGCUCAUUCACUCGCCCGUACAGGACAUGUACCUCUGCUUCAACCGUUCUCGACUUGUAGGCAGACGUUUGUCCCGAUUCCAAGCGGAGAGACAACCCAAUUGCCUAUUCAAGGAAGAGUUUGUGGACGGCUACAGCACAUUUCACCUUGUGAGGAACGACGACCGAUACAUAGGGUUCAACCGGCGGGGUGUCCAGUUGCGACGUCUGAAGAGUCGCCUCUCCGAGCGCGCACACAAGUGCUUCGCGUUCAUGAAGGAGAACCAAGACUUCGACAUAAACAGGCACAACAACAUGGUAGCGGCGGAUCUGCCAAGACGUCCGCAGCGUAGACUCCGGCCUCCACCGCAGAACUCCAUAAAACCGUCCUGUCAUGGCGUACGCCACCAUCAUAGCAGACAUCAAAGGCGAAGGAACUGCGAAGGCACGUAG